GGCAGCAUUCAUCUAUAGCCUGUCAGCGACCCACAGCCCGUUCUAGACAGAUUUACCCGUUGUCCACGGUGCUAUGUACACUGGCCAGCAUCGAUACACCUCCCCGAUCAGUGGAAAUAGCCACAUGGGACAAAUGAGUUAGUUUGGCCGCUGGGUCAAAGGACGAGUGGUGGCAACAUAACCCUAAUGGCGGGCAAGUACUGAAUGAGACAGAGCUUUUUAAUUGGAGAGCAAGAUUGCCGCGGAGGGUCUGUGAAAAUGUGAGACGAUACAAAGAAGUGGCAUUCGUUAACUGGCAGCUGCAAGCUGAGGAUGGUGACACGGUCUUCCAGAUUCUCUACCUACCUGUGGUAUAUCUGCGCAUCCAGCAUCCUCAUAUGUCUCCUUGGAAACCUGGCUAUACUUCGAUCCAGCUUCGAACCUCUAUCCGAAAGCAAGGAUGAGGAUGACCUGCAUCAGUUAAAGCCGGACAGAGUGGACGUCCUCAAACAUGGAGGACGAUCAUCGCAGGGACAGUUCGCUGAAUCGAUGGCCUUUCGGGGCGAACUUGUUUUGGAGCACAGCUUAAGGAAAUUAAUGGAAGACACUGACAACAAUGAAGGCUCAAAAUAUGCCCCUACUGGAAAUAAAAAACGGGCACCCUUUGAGGAAUCGCUGCAGUAUAACCAUAACCCACCUAAAGUCUCCAAGGAGAUUGUCGAAACCGAUUCGCCUACGUCAUUAAUAGGCUGUGAUGAUUUACAUAAAAUUACCGAUGUGACUUACAUCGAUUCAGGAUGGACGAAAGCAGUAUAUAAAGGUCGUUACGAUGGGAGACCAGUGGCGAUUAAAACAGUGGAUAUUAGUGGACAAGAGGUGACCACAUGUACAGAAAAAGGAUACGCUUUGACGGAAUGUUACCAUAGAGCUACGCAGAAAAUCUUGAAGGAAAUUGUACUGUUGCAAGGGAUUGAGCACAGCAAUGUUAUCGAGGUCCUUGGUUAUUGUAUCCCGGACAGACCGUACACGGGAGAGCCUCAUACUGUUGUUACCAUGGUCACCGAAUUGGGAGAACCAAUCGACAUUAUUCGCCUGUUGCAAAUGUGGUGGGAAGACAGACUAAGAGUAGCCUAUGAUAUGACAAAGAUCGUUCACUUCCUCGCUCGAACUCCAUACGGUUCCCUGUCCAUGAACGACUUCCGGCGACAGCAGUUUGUUCUGGUGGACGGCGAGCUGAAAUUGUCUGACGUGGACGACAUGGGAAUGGAGGAACCUUCAUGCCAAAUCGACAAGGAUUGCGAAUUGUUCUUCUUCAACGAUAAUCUGACUCUAAGGACACCUUGUGCAUCGGGGAGAUGCAUUGGUUACAACGAAAAGAAAAAUGUCUUCAAUGCUGGUCGGCAUUUCACCACUUUUUUGUUACCCCAUGGUGCUCCGAAGAGACUUCGACCAGUCAUCGACAAAAGCGUGGACGGAUUCGGAAAUGUUACCAUGACAACGGACCAGCUGUUACAACAAAUGGACAAAAUUGUGAACAUGUACAGGUCCGGAGUGUAUCUUAACCGGACCAAGCCAGAGGAUUAUAAAACUUUUUACAGGGAAUACAAAAACAGCGACACACCAGGUCAUUUCGACUAUCGCUGUAAAUUAUCACUUUCCGGAAGUGGUUGUACCAUCUCAGUGUUCGACCAGAGAGAGGCUGAAGACAUGUGUAACACCGAUCCGGAGUGCCGGAGUUUUGUGAUGACAUCACAAAUGACGUGGACAGGAAGGAAAAUUACACAUUUAAAGAAUGGAUUCCGUAAACCGACUAGAAGUAAAGGCAUGCGGCUGUUUGUCAGCGAAGAGUAAUGUGCCCUUGGAUGGUGUGUGACUUUUCUGAUCGUCCAAUGACUGAGGUAUAUUCUUGAUGGAACGUUUACCUUAAAGCUCAAACACUCCAGUUAUGAAGCAGGCAGACGACAUGUUGGAGGCCGUUAAAUUGAGAUUGAUUCAUAUUUAUUUGCCGGUGCUGUUGAGGAAUCUACAGGGUUUUAGUUAAUUUUAUAAAGUGUGGCUCGGUCGAUUAGGAGUUGGAUCAUGAUGUGGAUAUAAUAUGGUAAUUUGCAAGUGUUGAGUGCUUAACUCUGGAGGAUUGGUGUGUGAUAAGUCAAUCGUGGUUGUAUCCGUACGUGUGCUUCUCAUGCUAUUAACGGAAUAUUUCAAUCCUCCCAUCGCCUAGUAUUAGCUAACGACUUGGGCUAGCUCUCUAAAUAUUGAGGGUUCAUUCGACACUGAUUUCGUUAAAAAGGCAUAUACUUGUGGUUAAAUCCCAUGAUUGAUUCUGGCUUGAAGCAUGCUGACGAUACACCCAGUUGAUGGAAACGGUGGGUUUGAGGUACCGGUACUAAAUGAUUAUGCCACUGAUGGUAUAGUAAAACUAUAAAAUGGAAGACUUACUCAAGUAAAUUAACAUAUUCCAUUUGUACAUCUUCCUAAAAAGAGCUAGUUUCACCCAAUGAAUAUUAUUGCUUCCCACGAUCAGUGGCUUCUUACCUAAUCUCCAAAAAUGUUUGUAUGUUUUGAUAUGAGUGUUGCGGUUGUUAGUGUUGAUGUUUGUUGCGACAUUUUCGGUAACUCAUUUUAUACAUUUUUAUGCGUGGUAUACAGGGUAAUGUACACAAAUCUGUGAUUUUGUAUAAUAGUCGUUUCUAUAUAAUUUGCUGCUGAGCAGCGGUAGUAGUCAUGGAGUUAUGUCCCUUCCCUUGCUCGUGGUCAAGGGAUAGCAUAUCGCGGUAUUACGGCAUUACAUUCUUAUCAUGAAAGACUCGUUAUCUUUUGCAUAAUAUUGUGCUAUGCUGUUUGUUGCUGUAAGAAAUCAUGAUGGCAUCUGUACUUUCUACAUUCUUUUAUAUAUGAAAAAUUUCAUCGACAUUUCAAUUUCAUUACAUAUUUUCCAUCUGCUGUAAAGGUAGAACUUGGAAAAUAUACAGAAUUUGGUAAAACUUUCCCAAAUUACGUUGACUAUUAGCUUUUGUAUACAUUUUAUGCAAAGAAAUCCUUUCAUUGUUUACUGACUUGAGUUUUUAUGGUCUCCGGAAGUACAUGGUGUUCAUUUCCAAUAAAUGUAGCUUUAGAUUAGAAUACGUCUGUUAAUUAGAACAGAUAGAGCUGCUGAUAUUGUACUGUUUUUUAUUCGUGGUCAUUUAAAACACGUGACAUGUUUAUAUAACGUGAUCGAUACAGGGUGUAGAGAGUUUCUCAACGAAUCGUCUCCUCAGCAUUAUUUGAUGUUAAAGAGUUAAUACAAACAGGCAUGCACACCAGACUUGCAUAGUUCGUUGUAUUUUUUACUCAUUUGUACAUAGCACAGAAAGAAUAAUAAAAAUUAAGAUUCAUUUUUGUCCAGAAAUCAACAACUGUUGUUCGGAUCCUGCAUCGCGUUAUCCGUUUUUUUUAUUAUCUGGUUUUACUUGAUACAGUGUUGUGUAAUUCAAACUUGGACCCGAUAGAUGAUACUUAGAAUAACGUAUAUAUCGUAUCCCACAUUCCACAAAAAUAUGGUAUUACCUGAUACCAUAAUGCAUUAUACCUUAUAUUUAUUUAUUUAUUUAUUUACUUGACUGGUGUUUUACGCUGUAUUCAACUGUUAUGGUAACUUUUUGUUGAUACGAGAACCCCAUUUCCAACCAAUACACUAAACCAAUCGCUUGCAAAAUAUUUAAUUAAGCCAAAGCUUAAUGAAAGUUUUGUAAUAUCUGAUUAUACUUCUGGUAGAUACGGUUGCGGAUGGUCGUUGGUUUCCCCGGGCUCUGCCCGGUUUCUACCCACAAUAAUGCUGAUGGCCGUCGUAUAAGUGAAAUAUUCUUGAGUAUGGCAUAAAGCACCAAAUAAAUAAAAUAAAUAAAUAAAUAAAAACUUCAAACGUCUCAGUGAAUAAUUAAAGGCUCGAAUACACGUACAGAAGGACAUCUCUAAUUAGAUUUUCUUCACUCUCUAUACUACUAUUCCUCACACAGACUUAAUUUCAUCACUAAUUGUAUCUGUGUUUCAUAGAACUGGUCACCGCUACAUUAUCGUCAAAUAAAACAAAACCUUUGCAGCUCCACUUCAUGGGACGUUUCGUUGUUCAU